CCGGGGUCAAGUGGAUACUACCAAUACUGGUAGGGAUGUUCCAUGGCAGUCGACCUUCCUUGUGAAGAAGGACGCGGGUUGAAGCCCAUCACGGCGCAAAUGGUCUGCUUUACCCUCCCUGGUCAAACCCACGAACCCGAGGAUAUCAUGCAACAGAUAAAUAUGGCUGUCCCCCUCGACAAAAUGCCGAGAUUUCCUUGGCUCAGCAGACAACUCGAGGACUCAAGACCAGUCUAGUGAAGCUUUCUCUAUUGUCUAAAACUCGUGUCCUACAAUGCAGCUGUCCAUCCUCAAGGCCGCGGCCCUUGCCGUCGCGUUCCAAGUUACAUCUGCGACCCCAAUCCGAGCUCGUAACGAUGGACUCGAGGUAGUCGAAACUACGACUACGGCUGACGGCCAGAUUAUCGACUGGGUCUUACCGGAGUCCCAAGCCAAGGGCAACAUCGCAAAGCCCCCUCCAGCUCCCGUCACAAAGCGGAGCGUUCACGUCGACGCUAUUCGCGCGCUACUAGCCCGGAAUGCAGAUGUGCAAGGUCCCAACGGUACCGUGCCCAUUCCCCGGACAAGCGGCACCGCUAGGGGCCCGAAGCGCCUACCGACAAAGGCAGACGACGGCUCAGCGUUCAAGAUAAACGCUGCCGCCGACGGCAAUGCGGGCCAGCAUUGGUACGCCAGCUCGGGGCAGACCGUUUACAACAGGGGUGGCAAAGGCACCUUCAGCUUGUUCAAGGCUUUCACCUCAACCGGUGCCGACUUCUCUCUUCUCCAGACGGCCGUCAUCCGCAACAACGCGGCCCACGCUGGAACGGGUGCUGUUACCCAGACCGUCGAAGCCGGCUGGAUUAACUACCCCAACCAGGUUGCCGACCCCCAUCUCUUUAGCUACUAUACUACCAACGGCUAUAGCUCCGACGCCAAUAACCAAGGCGGUUGGAACCGUGACGUUGCCGGCUGGGUGCAGGUUGACUCGCAGAUCUACCCCGGCAUCCCGUUCGCGCCGCUCUCCGUGAACGGCGGCGCUCAGUACGAGCUGGAGAUCGGGUACACGCUCGACAGCGGCAACUGGUGGCUAUGGUGCUUGGACAGGUACAUCGGGUACUAUCCGGGAUCGCUGUUCUCUCAGGGCGUCAAUGCGGGAGACACCCUGGCAGACCACUCCGACGUCAUCGACUUCUACGGCGAGAUCUACAACAGCCAGUCGGCGCUGACGACGACAGACAUGGGCAGCGGCGAGUUCCCCAACGCAGGAUACGGCAAGUCGGCCUACAUCCACAACAUCGUGACCGUCAACGGCGACGGCUACUACGUCGACUACAACGGCCAGGACCAGCUCGUCAUCAGCGACACCAACCGCUACAACAUCGCGCCUACGUGGAGCUCAGGCACCAACUGGGGUAGCUUCUUCUACCUCGGCGGCCCUGGAGCUGGCGGUGUUAUCGGCGCUUAAGUUGGUAAUAAUGGGACUAUGAAGCAGGAGACAGUGUAUAUAGGGGAAACUUCUUUGCAUAUAUGACAUAACGAACUUAUCGGAUAACGUAUAUAACUUAUAUUUUCACUUUGCAUACAUCACACCUCUAGUGCCCUGUCUACGAUGCAUCAGGAAACCUUGUCGGUACUCAAAGGCAUUUGCGGUAGCGAGUUUCAUGAACCAAUUAUGACAUCCCAUGCGCUCUUGUCUUGUAGAAUCCUACCCUCUGCCUAGCUCCGGCAACUAUACACAUGCCGAUUAGGUCACCGUUUCAGUCUGAGUAAG